AUGCUGUACUCUUUAGCAGGGGGAGGCACGCUCUGUGGAGUGGCUGCACUGGUGCUUCUUAUUGUUUCUACAGCAACGGACUUCUGGAUGCAGUACAGAUACUCGGGAAGCUCAGCCAAUCAGGGACUCUGGAGGUUCUGCAUCAACCACAAGUGCCACGCUCACACAAUCACCGUAGCCUUCUGGGAUGCCACGCGGGCUUUCAUGCUGCUGGCGGUGCUGAGCUGCUUGGCCGGCGUGGUUCUCGGCCUGAGUGCGUUCACUAACGGCACCAAGAACCGGAGGGUCCGUACAGGCGGCAUUGCCCUGGUGCUGUCAGGUUUUCUUGCUUUGCUGGCUCUGGCGAUUUAUACCGGAGUGACUGUCACUUUCUUUGGCAAGCGCUUUUUAGACUGGCGCUUUUCCUGGUCCUACAUCAUUGGCUGGGUGGCCAUCAUUUUGGCUUUUGCUGCAGGUGUGUUUCAGCUCUGUGCUUACCAGCGGACCACUGCAGAGCCUGCUCCCUCCAACAAUCUGGACAGCUGA